UCGUCCUGCUGCGUCGUAUUGUGUGUUAGUUUCCUGAUCUACCUCGAAUAAAUUUAAUAAUGUCCAGGAUCUACCACGCCUUAGUGAACACUGCCGACAAGUUCGUGCCCGGAGCGCUCCAACCCCUGUGGAAUCAUGCUGCUGGUCCCAAAACGGUGUUCUUCUGGGCCCCCGUGUUUAAAUGGGGUUUGGUUGUUGCCGGACUCAGUGACCUUCGUCGAUCCCCGGAUCAGCUGUCAAUUUCGCAGUCCGCCUCGUUGGCCGCGACGGGAAUAAUUUGGUCGCGGUAUUCCCUGGUCAUCAUUCCCAAGAAUUGGGGAUUGUUUUCGGUGAACUUGUUCGUGGCCGGGACGCAGGUGCUGCAGCUGUACCGUGCCUGGGACUACUCGCGGAAAACCCAGAAAGCCGCUGUGGCGGCCCCCAAGUAGUGGAAUUGACGAACAGGACGAGUAACUAAUGUGAAAAAUGUAGUAGUGUUUAAAAAAUACUGCUGCACUUCGACCACUUCCUGUAUACACUGUACGGUGCGGGUUUGUAUAUGCUGUUAAUAGGACGUGUACAGUCUAAAUAAAUGCACAAGAGAUUUUUUUUGUCGAA